CCUCCUCCGCUACAGCGGGCGGCGAAACGAGCGCGCGCUUGCGUCAUCAAAACGCGCAGGAUAAACCUGGAAGUGUGCCGCCGAAAAGUGUUUCCGUUGUAAUAAGUGUGGUGAAAGAUCAGCAUCAUGGACAUAAGACCGAAUCACACCAUAUACAUCAACAACCUCAACGAUAAAGUGAAGAAAGAAGAGCUGAAGCGGUCCCUCUACGCCCUGUUCUCACAGUUCGGCCAGAUCAUCGAGAUCGUCGCGAUGAAGACCAUGAAAAUGAGGGGCCAGGCGUUUGUGGUGUUUAAAGAACUUGCUGCAGCGACAAACGCUCUGAGACAGCUACAAGGUUUCCCGUUCUACAACAAACCCAUGCGAAUCCAGUACGCGAAGACGGACUCUGAUAUCGUGGCUAAAAUGAGAGGCACGUACGGAGACAAGGAGAAGAAGAAGGAGAAGAAGAAGAAAGCUCAGGAGCAAGCCGCCAACGCUGCCAAGAAACCAGUGAAUGCAGUAAACACACAGCCACCUCCACCAGCUACGGUCCAGGUUCCUGAUAAUCCUCCCAACUACAUCCUCUUCCUGACCAACCUUCCUGAGGAGACCAACGAGAUGAUGCUGUCCAUGCUGUUCAACCAGUUCCCUGGUUUUAAAGAGGUGCGUCUGGUCCCCGGAAAACACGACAUCGCCUUUGUGGAGUUCGAGAGCGAAGGCCAGGCGGGAGUCGCUAAAGACGCACUACAGGGUUUCAGAAUCACCGCUACCUGUGCCAUGAAGAUCACCUACGCCAAGAAGUGACCACACACACACACACACACACAUAACAUGAUCAUUGGACUGGAACUGAAACGCAGCCCUGCUGAAUGAAUCCUACGUUCCAUCAUUCUGCUUUGAUCUGAUUUCCUUCUCAUGUUUAUGACUGUACAGGAUUUUUGGUUUUUGUUGAAACUGCCCCAGCAGCAGGGAGACUUAUAGGUUUGGGCAUUGGGGCUGAUGGUAUUGUAAUUUUUUUUAUGUUAGAAUAUUAAAAGACGUUUUUAACAUUU